AUGUCCGUAAACUUCCGGUUUCUGAGUUCGCCUGGAAAAGAGCAAGGGAGGCUGUUGCUUUAAAAAAAUUUCGCCUUUCGGUGGUCAAAAUGACUUAUUUAACAUCAUGGGAGGAAUUUGCAAGAGCCGCUGAACGCCUGUAUCUGGCCGACCCAAUGAAGUGCCGAUUGGUGAUGAAGUAUCGUCAUGGAGAGGGACAGCUGAAUGUAAAAAUAACGGAUGACCAAGUGUGCCUACAAUACAGAACUGAACAUGCCCAAGACGUGAAAAAGCUAGAGAAACUGACGAGUCAGCUGAUGAGACAUAUGGCAUCCAAAGAAGGGAGAUGAACACUCUUGAAAAUGAUAGACAGAUUCCUGAGUUUCUUUGUUACUCACUGAUGUGUAGGAGCUUUGGCACAUGAUGAUUCUGAAAGAUAUGGACUAACAAUUGUAUUUUCAUCUAGCAAGGUUUUGAGAGUUAAAUUCUGAUUGUCUACAGUGUCAAAGAGGCUGGCACCAUUAUCUCACAGAGCAGGCAUGACAGCUUCAGAUGGGCAGUAUGUCUUGCUCUUUGUGUGAUUUUUUAAACUUUUUAUUUGGGAGGAGGGAGUUUGCAAGAUUGUCUGCUCCAGUACUUCUUACCUUACUACACAAAUAAUUUAUAACAUACAAACUUGUAUUUAUUUUAAUGAAGCUAAUCAGACCACAUAAGAUUGCUUUCGCUCAUAAAAUCCCCAGGUAUUCAUUGAGGCGUAUUGGUGUCGGCUGUAUGAGGUUGCAGCAUUGCAUUUCUUCUUUAAUUCGUUCUUGUAUAAAGUGUAAAGCAUGACCAUUAUUCUUCAAUUCAGAUAACUUUGAGGAUAGCCUCAGGUAGCCAUUUUCCUUUUCAAAGAAUAUUUAAAGUUAAAAUUCAUGGAAAAUAUAUAUAUUUGUCCCCAAGGGAAAUUUUUGUUACCAAUAGACAUGUUGUGUGUG